CUUUUAUGAAAAGUGGUGACCGUUUUCAAGAUUGGCAAAAAGUAGAUGUAGUUGCCAUUCAACAAUAUGGGUUGCCAUCCUACGGUGGUGUAUUUGAUCAGUAUUUGGAGUUGAUGAGACAAUUUAGCCAAAUCAUUCUCUUUUCUGCUGCGUUUCCAUUGGGUGCAUUGUUAUCGUUGUUAAGUGGUUAUGUGGAAAUCUAUUGGGAACGUUAUCAAUUGAUACAUUGGGUACGACGGCCAUUUCCACAUCGUGGAGUUUUUAUCGGUGCAUGGUACUUUGCGUUGGAAGCUAUUUCUAUUGCUUCGGUGAUGACCAACUUGGGAAUCGUGUUUGUUACAAAUGGUGAAGAGAUAUCACAAGUUUUCCCAUGGAGUGCUACAGCUCGAUUAUUUGUAGCUGUUGUAUUGGAACAUGUUAUAGUAGCGUUGCGGUUUUUCAUUGCUAUUGGUAUCGAUGAUGUUCCUUCGUGGAUAAGAAUGGCACAUUUGAAGAAUACUCAUGCUUUGAGUAGAGAAUUGGAUCAAGUGGAAACACAAUUAGGACAAAUCAGAAAAAGAAAAUGGCGCCAUCGUUGAAUAGCAUUUUUUUUCAUUGGUAAAGCAGAGAUGUUGGAAAAGAUGAUGAGACAAGGGUCGUGUGAUAAAGUAUCACAUACAAUAUGAUAUCUUCUCCCAAAUCAACUCCUCAACCUAUUUCCCAGUCUUUACCUUGU